UUGCUAACAGUAGAUGAAAUGUAUGAAAAGAUUAAUGAUCCUCGAGUUGAUAAGGAACAAUUUGAAGUGCUUGUUGAAUAUUGGCGUAGUGAGAAAGGAGAGAAAAUUAGCAAACAGAAUAAAGAAAACAGGCUAAAACUGGAAGAGCCCCGUUGCCUAGGCACCAAGACUUUUGCACAAUUUGUCAAUGAGAAGGAAAGCUCUGUUGAAGGGAGAAAGUUGUCAAGGGCUGAACUCUACAUUCAAAGUCGAACAAAAAAGGAUGGGGGACCUGUAAGUGAAAAGGCAAGCCAAGUGAUGGAACAACUUAAAAACUACAUGAGUGAGUCUACUUCUUCUGCAAAUGCAUUAGAGGAAAGUACAUCUUGGCAAGAUGAUGUAUUCUCUAAGGUGAAGGGAUCUGACAAGAAAGGAAGGGUUCGCUGCUUAGGGAAGGUCCCAACUUCUAAAAAAUCUGUCCCUUCCACGUCUGCAAAUGGCAAUGUUGAGGAAAGGUUGAGCGAGGUGGAGAAUAUGUUGAGUGGAUUAAUGCAGCUAGUGAAGGCAAGAUUCCUGGACGAGAAUAUCACAAAUAUUCUACAGGCUGCCAACCAAUUAGGUGCUGCCAAUCAAUUAGGUACUACCAACAGAUUAGAUAGGGAGGUAAACUUCUUUUGUUCAACCAUUACAACUUGACAUUCAUUUUCUUUGUAUUCUUGCAUAUAUAUGGUUUGGUCGAUGACAAAUAGAUUUAUCAUUUGAAGCUUUGUUGUGGCAUAUUUUACUUUUUGUUUUUAUGAGUAGUGCUAGGGGCACUCGCCUCUUGCACUCUCCGGCUAACACUUCCCUUUUCAUUGGGCCUUGUAAGCUUGUUUUAGGCUUUGAGGUGCAACCUCUUAACUACCAGAAUAAUGUAAAAAAAAGUGAGUUUUAGC